AUGCAGUUCCGACUUUGCCCUUCACCUCACCUCCUCUGUCCGGCUACGGGACUUAUCGAUAAGGAUUUCGGAUCGGAAUAUAAAGUGUUCCCGAGCUAUACGUUACAACGUCAGGUGAUCACCCAUGGUACGUUACUAAACGACCCCGACUCAUCUGCAACCAACCUGAAGCCCCAGAAUCGCCUACGUGAAAAGGCUUCUACCACCGCUAUCCCUUCAUGGGUGCUUGAUCGAUUCACACUCAGCAUGACCUGGUCGAUCUCUCAAAAGCGAUUCGCUCGUCUCGUCCUCUACGUGAUCGGAGUAGCUACUAUCAUUUUCAUCGUUUUACCCUUCCCUGCUUUCCGCAACCCAGUGCGAGUAGCCUCUAGCAACGAAGGCCAUUAUCUCCGUGCUAUUCGCAACGUGACCUUGGGAGUCGAGAAAAUCUUCGUCAUUAACCUGCCCACCAGACCCGAUAAGCGUGAUAGCAUAAUCCUAGGAUCGUCCAUCUCUAAUUUUCACGUCGACUGGAUUGAUGGAGUCACACCCGAUCAGAUCAGUGCCCUGUCUUACCCUUAUAACUGGAAUCAUGACCACAAAACGAGCGAAUAUGCCGCACGACGGGCCCAUGUUAAUGCAAUGCAACGCAUUGUGGACAAGGGGCUUGGCAGCGCGAUCAUUAUGGAGGAUGAUGCCGAUUGGGACGUGACCGUCAAGACUCAACUACAGAGCCUCGCCAUUGCCGUUCGAGCACUGCAGGGUACGAGUCCGAUGUCCACUGCAUCCCCUUAUGGCGACGAUUGGGACAUCCUCUGGCUUGGUCACUGCGGGAUCGAAUGUCAGACUAACAGCUCCUUUUUCCUAACUCCUCGCGACCCAACCAUCCUGCCGCCGCACCAUUUCUUACCUUACUGGCGCGAACCGCCGCCCAUCGAGAGACCCGACCAUGCACGUCUAACGUGCACUGCAAGCGACGGGGCGUGCUCCAUUGUUUAUGCGGUCAGCUACCGUGGGGCUCGGAAGAUUUUGUCUGCUCUCUCUGUCAACCCGACAGGUAUUGCAGAGCAGAUAGACAUUGGCGCUCAGUUUGACGUCUCACUCGGUCGCAUGUGCGGAAAUGGUUAUUUACGUUGUUUUGCGACCUAUCCGUCCCUCACCGGCGGUUACAUUACAUCGUCCGAUAUCCACGAUUCUGGGGAAAGCAAAGAGAGAAGCCGAGAGCGGCCAUCUAGUUCUGGCGUGAUGUACAGCACCCUUUUGAACAUCAACCGUAUCUUGCAUGGUGAACCUACAGUCCACUCGACUUGGGACGAUGCAGCAACUCCGGAUAUCAGACCUGACAGUAUUGCCGUGCUAGGAGGGACCUUGCAAGUUCCGGAGGAGAACGGGUUGCGUGAGAUUCCAUUUGAUUCUCCAUCGUGA